GCCGGAAAGGCUGCGGGCGAACAGCCCCGCCAGCGUCCCCGGGUACCGAGCCCAGCCGUGCCGGCGGAAAGGGCGGCCGAGGCGGGGGCAUCGCGGCGUGGCCACAUCAGCCCCCGCCUGCCCAGCGCCGGCGCUUGGCUGCUGAGGCGCACAGCGGCCCCCAGGAGGCGGCGGCGGCGGCCGGGGACGCUGAGGAGGAGCCGCCUGCGCGGCCCAGCGGCGGCGGCGGGCGGGCCGGACACACCGACCAACCGACCGACCGACCCACCGAGCAGCCGCGGCACGGAGAGAGGGAGGGAGGGCAGAGCGGCAGCGCAGCCUGCGCCGGCAGCGCCAUGGCCACCAAGGCUCGUGUUAUGUAUGAUUUUGCUGCUGAGCCUGGAAACAAUGAGCUGACAGUCAGUGAAGGGGAGAUCAUCACAAUCACCAACCCGGAUGUUGGUGGAGGCUGGUUAGAAGGAAAAAACAGCCAAGGCGAGAGAGGACUUGUUCCAACAGAUUAUGUUGAGAUUAUAACAGAAGGUGCAAAGGAUGGCAUUAGCUGCGGUAACUCAUUAGCUGAUCAGGCCUUUUUUGAUUCCCUUUCUUCAAAUACAGCUCAGACCAACUCUGCUGCCAAAAGCAGUAAUCAGGCAAGCAUUGCCAAUGAUCCUUGGUCCAGCUGGAACGUUGGGAAGUCUGGGAACUGGGAUAAUGGAAAUGCUGUUGACAGCUGGACAACAAAACCUGAAAGUGCACCUGGCCAGAGAAACAGCGCUUCAAAUAACUGGGAGGCAGCAGCAGCAUUUGGUCAUCCACAGGCAUAUCAAGGACCAGCUGCUGAUGACGAUGAUUGGGAUGAUGACUGGGAUGACCCAAAAUCAACUUCACCAUCUUACCUUGGUUACAAGGAGACUGAGGCAUCAGAGGCUGGGGGGGUCCAGCGUGGAAAUUCUCGUGCAGCUGCUAUGAAGUUACCACUUAACAAGUUUCCUGGAUUUGCAAAACCUGGAAUGGAACAGUAUCUAUUGGCAAAGCAGCUAGCAAAACCCAAAGAAAAAAUUCCCAUAAUUAUUGGUGAUUAUGGCCCAAUGUGGGUAUAUCCUACCUCUACAUUUGACUGUGUGGUGGCAGAUCCCAAAAAAGGUUCUAAAAUGUAUGGUCUCAAGAGCUACAUUGAGUAUCAGCUGACCUGCACUAACACUAAUCGGUCUGUCAACCACAGAUACAAGCACUUUGACUGGUUGUAUGAGCGGCUCCUGGUUAAAUUUGGAUUAGCCAUUCCAAUCCCUUCUCUUCCAGACAAGCAAGUAACAGGGCGCUUUGAAGAAGAAUUUAUCAAAAUGCGCAUGGAGAGGCUGCAAGCUUGGAUGACGAGAAUGUGUCGCCAUCCUGUUGUCUCAGAAAGUGAAGUUUUCCAGCAAUUUCUCAAUUUCCGAGAUGAGAAGGAGUGGAAAACCGGAAAGAGGAAGGCAGAAAAAGAUGAAACUGUAGGAGUCAUGAUCUUUUCUACAAUGGAACCAGAAGCUCCUGACUUGGACAUGGUAGAAAUAGAACAGAAAUGUGAUGCAGUGGGUAGGUUCACCAAAGCAAUGGAUGAUGGAGUUAAAGAGCUGCUGACAGUGGGACAAGAGCACUGGAAGAGGUGUACAGGGCCACUACCCAAGGAAUACCAGAAGAUAGGAAAAGCAUUGCAGAGCCUGGCACUGGUCUUCAGCACUAGUGGAUACCAAGGAGAAUCUGAUCUCAAUGGAGCAAUAACAGAAGCAGGGAAAACUUAUGAAGAAAUUGCCAGUCUUGUAGCAGAUCAGCCAAAGAAAGAUCUUCACUUUUUGAUGGAAACAAAUCAUGAAUAUAAGGGAUUUCUUGGUUGCUUCCCUGACAUCAUAGCAGCUCAUAAGGGAGCAAUAGAACGAGUGAAGGAAAGUGACAAGUUAGUUGCAACCAGUAAAAUAACACCCCAAGACAAACAGAACAUGGUGAAACGUGUGAGCACCAUGGCUUAUGCACUACAAGCUGAGAUGAAUCACUUCCACAGUAACCGGAUCUAUGACUACAACAGCGUCAUUCGUCUCUAUCUGGAGCAGCAGGCACAGUUCUAUGAAACGAUUGCACAGAAGCUGAGGCAGGCACUCAGCCGCUUUCCUGUGAUGUAGAGAAUAAGGAGUAUUCAACAAUACAGAACAACUCCAAAGUGCUUUUCUGAUGUGGGGGCAAUGCUAAUAAAAACUUGUUAGCCUUUGCAAAAAAAAAAUCCCAAAAAACCCCAAACCAACAAGAAUCAGUUGUUAAAAAAAGUAUUAUUUCAAAUUUUCCUUUAUAGGCCUAAAUCGUACAAUAAGGCUCUCCUGUCUUGAAAGCUCUCCCAUUUAUAUCAUUAUUUAAAUAAAAACAGCUGGGCAAUGCUGUCAGUUAUAGCCAUCUAAAUUAUCAAGCUGAUAUGUUGCCAUGGACUUCACGAAGACUUGUCUGAUGUUAUUCCAAAAACUUUGCAACAACACCAGAGUGACACAUUUGUAGCUUUUUUAUAAAUGGGAAAGCAGACAAACUUAAGAAAAUGACCUAAUAUUCAUUAUAUUCAAUUGAGCUCUCCAGCAAUUCAGUAACCAGGAGGAAUUAUAUUCAUGUAUGUUUCUGGCACAUGUUUGUGAUAAUCUCCUGACUGAACGCUUUGCUCUUAAGUUUUGCUUCCCAUAUGCAGCCAUGGCAUCCUGCUCCCAGUAUGACUUCUGGUAAAUAUAAAUCAUUCUUCCCUCUCUUCUUUUUCCUUCUAACGAAAUCUUGUUCUUGUGGCGCACCACCUCAGAGCUUAUGUCAGGCUCACUUUUUCACUAUGCACUGUGUAAGAAGACAAAGUACAAACAAGGAACGAGCCAUUCAGGAAAGUGUGAAAAACAGUUUUCCAUACCAGCACUUUGACACCCCAGUGUUAUGCUGUAAGGCACUGGUGUUUCUCAGUGCUGUACAGGGCCAGCUUCCCCUCUGACAGUUUGUAGUGUUUCAGCAGAGGGGACUGUGCCACAUCUAACCCCAACUAGUAGACCUCCCCAAAUUCCAACUAAGCUCAGGUCUUCGUGUAGUAGUAUGGUGUGCUAUUGGUUCAGGUUGACUUUUUGUUGCCUUCUAAUGCAAACUCAAAGGUGACAAAAGUACUGAAUGACAUCAUUAGUUAUUACACAAACUCUGUUAUUUGAUCAUCAUCUUUUAUCAAGUGACUCAGUAUCCUCUUCCAUACUACUGAAGUACCAUUUGAGGCCUUGGCUUUUCACAGAAUCAAACCAAAAAAAGCCACCACCAACUGUGUUCACAGUGGGCACCAAGUACAGUAAUUCAUUUCUUGCCAUAGGCAAGCAGGAAAGCCAAAACACAGUUUCUACUAAAAUGUGCCUAGAAAAUAAAUAUUUUAGUUUAAAAAAUUAAAAAACAAAAACUAAAAAGGCAUUUUACCAAUAAGCCAUUCUAAGUGACGGGUACAGUCUGCCAGUUCAAUAGUUGCCUUACUCUGUUUUGCAUUGGUGUUACUUUUCUGUGCUAGAAGGAAAAUCUGGGUCUGCCUGAAUAACCUGAAACCAAACCAAGCCAGACUAGGCCUAAGUCUAGAUGCUUCUCAGUGUCACGAGUUUUGUUCACCUUUUAUAAACCUUGUCUUUUUCUCCUCCCAAUUUUAGUUUGCUUCCAAAAUUCCAUAGUGCAGUGUUGUUUGAUACAGCCAUUUAAAUAUGUACAAAUUGUAAAGAAUGUGUAUAAAUGUUUUACACCAAAUGUAAGAUCUGCUUGCAUGUAGAAACAACUUAUAUAAUAAAUUGUUACAAUGUGUACAGUAAA